AUGGCUGGUGUUUACCUCCCCGAUACCGCUCUUGCAACUGUUUCUCUCAACAAAGACGUUUUCACAUAUGCGCAGACUACCCAAGGGGCUAUCAUCGAGUGCCAAGGUGCUCUUGAAGUCCCAAUUGGCACCCAGAACGUCGACAUCUACAUGUAUGACCACCAGAAUCAUGUCGUCUCUCGUUAUCAAGGCAGCGUUGAGAGGCCUAACGCGCCCAAGUUGUACACCCCUUUGGCAGCGUCCGUCAUCUCUUCUACCAAGUACGUCUUUUAUGUUGACGACACCAAUACCCUUCGUGGCGUUAAAUCUCCCAACUGGGCACAAGAAGCCGGGCUUGCUACAUUAGCCAUACGUGUAGCUGCGUAUUCCCAACUCACCGCGACAACCAUUGCGGAAAAUGGCUUCCAGGCCAUUUGCCUCUAUUAUCAAUCUCCCCGACGUGAUGCCGGUAUUGAGAUGGUCAGCUUCACAACCAAGACGAACCAGUGGGUCAAAGGCAUACCGGAUAUGACACCCAUCCCUCCUCCCCCUCCCCCUCCUCCCCCGCGUGUCGUUGACCCUCCACUCUACGGCACAUCACUAUGUGCAGUUAAAGUGAGACCUGGAAUUUCGGUAAUUCCCAAUAGCAAGAUGCCUGUCGUAUACCUGCAAUGGGACACACUUGCGCUUGCACAUUCUCAAGAAGCUAUGGUUGAGACAAUUCGGACUUUAGACCUCAAAUUCGCACCCCACACUAGUCUCGCCAUUGUCGACGAUGGAGCCCUGCUCUAUUGCUUCUAUACGUCGUCUCAGAACAACCACAUCAAGAUGAUCACCAUCAAGGACUACAAGGCAUCUGCCCCUGUCGUUUUGGGGACGCCUACACCAAGAAGCACAAUCGCUGCCGUACUUCCUACCCAAGACCGGAUCGUUCUCUUUUACCAAGCUUUGAACUUCAGCGUUGGGGCUGUCGAGUUGAAGGGUCUGACGCUUGUUAGAGACCAAGGAACAAAGCAGUUUGCGCCCCUCCCAAACUCUGAGCCGGCGUCUCUUGCUUAG